AUGCUGACACCUCAUAGGCUGCAGAGCAUGGUGGGCCUGACCACCUGUGAUCACCAUGAGGAAAAACAGAAGUUCUUCUGCGAGGAUGACCAGAGACCCCUCUGUGAUUCCUGUUUAUUAGCUCCAGAGCACAAGGAUCAUCAAGUCCUUCCCUUGGAAACAGCUACUGACAAGUGCAGGGACAAGCUCCAGGAGACAUUGAGUGCCCUACAGAAAAAAGAAGAGGAAUUUAAGAUGGCACUGGAUAAAGUGAGAAGGAGAGAGACUCAGGGUAAGGAGGAUACCUACACUUUGAAACAGUACAUUAUUUCUGAAUAUGAGAAAAUGCACCAGUUCUUAUUUGAUGAAGAAUAUCAAUACUUGCAUGGAUUGGACCAGGAAUCCACAGACAACCUGGUCACACUGGCAAAGAACAAGGCCAAACUGUCCCAACAAAUCCAGAAUCUGCAAGGAAUGAGUAUAGAAGUAGAGGAGAAUUUGGACAAGGUGCCCUUGGAAAUGCUGCGGGACAUGAAAGGCACUGUGGAAAGGAAUGAGGAGCUGCUACUUCAGGAACCACAGGUUGCUUCCCCUUCCUGGUCCACCUACCCCAUCACAGGCUUGAGAGAAGUGCUCUUGAAUUUCCAGAGGGAUAUAACUCUGGAUCCUGAAUCAGCCAAUCCUCUUCUCAUCCUGUCUGAAGACUUGAAGAGGGCCCAGUGUGGGAGUGUCCCUCGGGACCUGCCUGACAACAAAGAGAGAUUUGAUAUCGCUCUUGCUGUUUUGGGGACCCAGACCUUCACCUCAGGCAAACACUAUUGGGAAGUGGAGGUGGGAGGUAAGACGAAGUGGAAAUUGGGCAUCUGUAAAGAUUCAGUCAGCAGAAAGGGGAAACUCUCCUCUUCAUCUGAGGAUAUAAGGACCAUAACAGCCUUCUGGAAAACUGCAAAUCAUUUCUUACUCUUCAUUUCACAAAGGAGCUUUCAACUGAGCCCCCCUAUACAAAAAGUGGGCAUUUUUCUUGAUUAUGAAAAGGGGCAUAUAGCAUUUUAUGAUGCCACAGAGAGAUCUCUUAUCCAUAGUUAUUCAAACAUAGCCUUUGAAGGGCCUCUCCGCCCUUACUUCUCUUUUGGCAUCCCUAAGGAAGAAAGUACCCCUGGAUCAAUCAUUAUCUGCCCCAUUAAUAAUCAGUAG